AUGGCAACGACAAAAAGGCCGGUCCUGAGUUCGCAGUAUACCGACGACUACGAGUUGUCCACCCCUUCGUCUCGUGCCAACAAUGACUUCCAGCGACGUAUCGAAGCUUGGGUGGGCAGGUUGGUCACCGUCAUCAGAGCCCCUAAACUCAGAAGAACAAUAAUGGCAUUUGCCUUUGUCACAACCUGCUUGAUCAUUAUGUGGAUUAGGGUCAUAGCUCCUCUCAUUCAGGAAGGGAAAUCUGCUUGGUCUGCCCUCAAGUCGAGUCCAGCGGUUGUAGACACCGUGAAUGAAGCUAGCCAUUCCAAGUUUCCGGGGAUGGUGCUCGUCAAGACACUGGAUCCUGCAUUGCUGCCAAAAUCUUCCUCGACUGAUGCUAGCCACCAGUCCAAGAAGAAGAGGUUAAUAUUUGUUGGUGAUAUUCAUGGUUGCAGAAAGGAGCUGGAGGCCCUGCUGAAGAAAGUACAAUUUCAUCCGUCAACAGAUCAUCUUGUUUCCGUUGGAGACAUUGUUUCCAAGGGACCGGAUUCACUUGGCGUGAUUGACCUGUUGCGUCGCUACAACGCUUCGUGUGUGCGCGGAAACCACGAUGACCGUCUUCUGCUGGCCGCGCAACGACUUCGACCGAAAGCGUCCGGGACGGGCACGGAUCACGACCCAGAAAUAGCACCCGUCGACGAGUCCGCUAAGGCGACUGACCCUGUGCAGAAGCUGGCAAAGUCGCUGAAGGCGGAGCAUCUGGAAUAUCUACGAUCUUGCCCGGUCAUUCUUCGUCUAGGGGCAUUGGAAGCUUUCAAAGGCGAUGCGGUGGUGGUCCAUGGUGGACUCAUUCCGGGCCUACCCCUAAAGUCCCAGGACCCUGAUUCAGCCAUGAAUAUGCGAAUCAUUGACCUUGCAACCCGUUUACCCUCGAAGAAGCACAAGCAAAAAGGGAGCGUUGCUUGGUACAGAUUGUGGAACAGAUACCAACAGCUUCUUCCCGUGCAGCAGCGCUUUGAAAGCUUGAAGGAUGAUAAAGGUCGAGGACAUGAAAACCACAUGACUGUCAUUUACGGUCACGACGCUAAAAAGGGAUUGCAAAUCCACAAAUACACCAAAGGACUCGACAGCGGCUGUGUUUAUGGAGGUAAAUUGACGGCCUUGGUCGUGGAUGGUCACGGGAAACAAAAGCUUUUUCAGGUCGACGGCAAAAACUAUCGACAAGGAGCAUCGCUUCCAGUGCAUGUUCUUCGAGACGGUGCACACUGA